AUGGCUAUGGCGGGGAAUGGAGAUGGCGGCAAGGAGGAGGACAAGACCGACAAGACCCCGGACGGCGCGAUGCCGGGUGAGCCCGAUUCUAACUCCAAGCCGACCAAGCUGCUGGGGGAAAAAACGAGAGGCUCUGGCUCGGGGUUUACGGGCACGUGGUUCGAGGACGAUCUGGCCCGAAGGGAAGCGGUCUUGCGGCAUGAGUUGGAAGAAGACCGCCAUCAGCUUCACUUUGAGAAGGAGGAGAUGGCAGAAAGGAUGAACGCCAUGCAAACCUUGAUGGAAGAGAUGUGGCGCGAGAUGGGUGAGCUGCGGCGACAGCCGCCCCAGCAGCCUGUAGCAGCCCCGGUAGGUCAGCCAGUGGGCCAACCUGUUCAGCCCCCACCGCUACCACCGGGUGCGCCAUGUCCCGCCCCCCCGCCUGGACGGGACUUAAAGGUGAUGUUCAACAGGUUGACUGACCUGCUGUCGUAUUUUUUAAUCCAAGUGGAUGUGUUCAUGCAUGAACAGGGAGCGACCUUCCCCUCGGACGAGAGUCGGGUUCAAUAUGUUGCUUCGCUGCUUCAAGGAGAGGCAGCAGCAUGGAUGGUGCAACAAUAUGAACUGCGCUCUCGAGUUUUGGGAAGCUUGGAUGAUUUUAUGGUGGCCCUCCAUAACCAGUUUGAAGACCCGCAUCGGGGUGAAAGGGCCAAGACAGCCCUGCUGCAAUUGCGCCAGGGAACUAAGUCGGUGGUGCAAUAUGUAAGUGAGUUCCAGUUGCUCUCAAGUAAAAUCCUGGACUGGAGUGAAGCUACCCGAGUACAGUAUUUCCGUGAGGGACUCAAUCCCGAAUUGCAACAUUGGGCCUUUAUGCAGGGAAAUCCUCCAGACGUAGAGGGAUGGGUGAGGCAUGCGGCCGACACUGAGAACCGUAGGCAGUUGCUGCAGCUCUCGAAGCAGCAUACUGCCCGAGAAGUCAAGCCCCGUGGAGACAUGCCUGAGCAGCGGGGGGAGGUUUCGGGAUUGGCCGUGACCACCCGGGCUCAAAGCCGGGCAAAGGACUCCGCUGUGGCCAGCGGACUCCCGGAGGCUUUCCGGGUGAAACUGAGCAAAGCCACGCUUCAGGAGGAAGGAAGCCAGAUCCUCCCCCAAGCCCUCACCCGCCAAGGGGACCUGUGGUUUCAUGGAGAACAACUCUAUGUGCCUGAAACUGUAAGGAGUGAGCGUGUUUUGAAGCAAUCGGUAAGCAGGAUCUGGACUGGACAGAAACCCUUCAGCCUGUCGAUCAAACACGGCCCAGACAGUCAGGGCGUAUGGACGGCUUGGUUCAACAUUGACCACCCUGGUGGCAACGGGGAUUACGAACGCUUGGAUGCCAUCCGGUUUUACUACCACGACAGGGUGUGCCCGAGGCCGUUCCGCGUCGAAGCCCGCACGACGGACUGGAUCCCUGCGGGCAGCACGGGUCAGGUAGUCCACUCCAGCGCCCAGGAGGGGUUCUGGUGCCUGAAUGAGGAGCAGCCUUCCGUGGAAACCUGCCUGAAUUAUGCCAUUCGCUUCUUGUGCCCUGCAGGCUCUUUAUUUUUAGAUCCACGAGUGUUGUGGUCUUCGUGGUCGAAGUGGAGCGAGUGCUCGGCCAAAUGUGACCAAACCGGGGUCCAGAUCCGGACCAGGACCUGCCUCGCGGAAAGCCUCCACGACUGGCGCUGCCAAGAAGUGAGCGAGGAAGGCCGGCGCUGCAUCGGACCCCCUUGCUCAGUUUGCAACAUGAGCUGCUCCAUGGGCAGCGUGAAUGCGGAGUGUGAUGCAUGCAUGUGUGAGGAACAUCUACUCUUCGGAAAAGUCUCACUUCCAGAUGGAGCUCCUGCUGCCGGCGCAGCUGUCUACCUACAAGCCAGGACACCUAAGCUAUUAACAGUCUCUGACGGGGAUGGGACAUUUCGGGUUCCUGGGGUGUGUCCCGACGGUCAAACCAUUCUGCAGGUCAAGAAGCCAAAAUACAAGACUGCUUUGGUCACUGUGCCCACGAGCUCUCAAGUUUCCUCCUCUGUCCAUAUCCGCUUGAAAAGAGCAGACAAACCGUACAUGACAAAGCAUCCAGAGAACAAAGCCCGAAGAGAGGGGCAGAGUGUCACUUUCUGCUGCCAUGCUGACGGAAAUCCAGCCCCAGAACAAUAUAUUUGGUUUCACAAUGAUACUUUACUGGACCCUUUGCUCUACAAACACAAAGGCAACUUGGUGUUAAAGAACCUGAAAAGGGACCAAGCCGGCCAGUAUUUUUGCAAGACCAGUAAUGACGCCGGAUCCGUGAAGUCACAACCUGCCACUCUCUCAUUAGUAGCAAAGGACGACCCCCCCUGCAACCCCACGCCCGACAGCUAUCUCAUCCGACUGCCACACGACUGCUUCCAAAACGUAACAGGCUUUUACUACAACGUUGGUAGGUGCCCGUCCGACACCUGUGUGGGAACGUUAGACAACAGUCUUCGGUGCAAAGAUGCCACCACUUAUUGCUGUGGGGUGUCCAAAACAGAGACACAAGAAAUAAAGUGCGCUGGAUACACGCUUCCCAUCAAAGUGGCCACCGAGUGUGGGUGUCAGCAGUGCGUUGAAACCAAGGCCACCAUUCGAGGAAGAGCCGUGGCUUCCGAUUCCGGGGAGCCCAUGAGGUUUGGUCAUAUAUACAUGGGGGACAACCGGAUCAGCAUGACGGGCUACAAGGGGACCUUCUCUAUCCAAGUGCCCACCGACACAGACCGGCUGGUUCUCACAUUUGUCGAUCGCCUGCAGAAGUUUGUGAACACCACAAAAGUGUUGCCUUUCAACAGAAACGGUGGGGCUGUCUUCCAUGAGAUCAAGAUGUUAAGGAAGAGCCCAUCCAUUACACUAGAAUCCACAAAGGCCAGCUCGAUCACCUUAGGUGAGAUGGAAGGAGAUGAUCCAAUAGCCACACUGGAAAUUCCUCCCAAUACAUUUUAUAGACAAAAUGGAGAACCUUACUUGGGGAAAGUGAAAGCCAGUGUGACCUUCCUGGAUCCAAGGAACUUCUCCAGUGCAGCCGCAGCACAAAGUGACCUGAAUUUUGUCGAUGACGAGGGCGACAUGCUCCCGCUGCGGACGUACGGCAUGUUUUCUAUGGAUUUCACCGAUGAAACAGCCACUGAGGCACUCAACGCAGGGAAUGUAAGAGUCCAUCUUGAUUCCACUCAGGUCAAGAUGCCAGAACAUCUGAAAGGGAUGAAGCUUUGGUCUCUAAAUCCGCACACAGGUUUAUGGGAGGAGGAAGGAAAAUUCCAUCUCGACCAAAGGAGACGUGGCAAGCGAGAGGAGAGAACGUUUCUGGUGGGCAAUAUGGAGAUAAGAGAGAGGCGGCUUUUCAAUCUUGACGUCCCGGAGACCAGAAGGUGCUACAUCAAGGUGCGGGCUUACAGAAGCGAGAGAUACCUGCCCAGUGAACAAGUUAUGGGGGUUGUGAUUUCCGUUAUCAACCUGGAACCAACACCGGGAUAUGCUACCAAUCCAAGGGCUUGGGGCCGUUUUGACAGCGCAGUCACCAGCUCCAACGGAGCUUGUGUGCCAGCUUUCUGCGAUGACCAAAACCCAGAUGCCUACAGUGCUUAUGUCAUGGCAAGCCUGGGGGGAGAAGAACUUGAAGCUGUCCCCUCGUCCCCCCGGCUUAACCCUCUUGCAAUUGGAGUCCCGCAACCGUACCUCAACAAGCUGAAGUACAUGCGAACGGACCACCUGGAUCGAAAUGUCAAGAAGACAGCUUUCAGGAUCAGUGUGGCCAAACCUACCCCCAACGCUGCCGAAGAGAGCAAUGGUCCCAUCUACUCAUACGAAAAGGGAAGAGAAUGUGAAGUAGCGCCAUACUUCGCUGCUCACUUCAGGUUCUACCGAGUAGAGGGGGACAGGUAUGACUACAACACAGUUCCUUUCAACGAGGAUGAUCCCAUGAGUUGGACAGAAGACUACUUGGCCUGGUGGCCAAAGCCGACGGAAUUUAGGGCAUGUUACGUAAAGGUGAAAAUAAAUGGGCCUCUUGAGGUUAAUGUAAGGUCUCGCAACAUGGGUGGUACGCAUCCAAAAACUGUCGGCAGGCUGUAUGGCAUCAGAGAUGUGCGAAGCAUCCGGGACUUGGACCGACCCAAUCUUUCAACGGCGUGCCUGGAAUUCAAGUGCAGCAGCAUGCUGUAUGACCAAGAACGUGUGGACAGGACACUGGUGAAAAUUAUUCCACAAGGUAACUGCUACAGAGAAAGCGUCAACGGCAUGCUACAUGAAUAUCUCGUGAAUCAUCUCCCAGUGGCUGUGAAUAAUGACUCCAGCCAGUACACUAUGCUGGCUCCUCUCGAUCCUCUUGGCCACAACUAUGGGAUCUACACCGUUACGGACCACGAUCCUCGGACAGCCAAGGAAAUAGCUCUGGGCCGAUGUUUUGAUGGAACAUCUGACGGGUCUUCCCGAAUUAUGAAGAACAACGUGGGCAUAGCAUUGACUUUUAACUGUCAGGAAAGAGACGCUCAGCAACAAAGCGUCUUCCAGUCGCUGAGAAACCUGCCUGGCCAGUAUCCAGCAAGCCCUCUUCGAGAAAGAAUUGCCAUAAGGAGGCCAGGCAGAAGCAGGGUGGUUCAGAUCCAAGGGAAAGGUGUGCCUUCAGUUAGAAUUGCACAAAGAGUCCAGUGA